AUGAUCACCCCAUCAUCAGUUUGGCUCCCCAGAUGCUUGGGGUUGGCAGGUGAAGUCAGGGAAGACUGGGACGCCUACAGUGCCAAGUUUACUUCGAGAAGAACUGCAUUAACAAGCCUAGUGGAGUACAGUACACUUCCAAUUGAUUUAACCAAGACAUGGCUCCAGAUUCAAGGCCAGAAGAAUGAUGCAAACUAUAAAGAAAUUGGGUAUUGUGGGAUGUUGCAUGUGUUAGUGAUGACAGGCAGAGAAGAAGACCUGAAAGUGCUGUAUUCAGGGGCUUGCCGUGGCCCAGUAGUUGAGAAUGCACCUUGCAAUACAAGAGACAUCUUUGGUCCGGGAAGAUCCCACGUGCCUCGGGGCAACUAAGGCCAUGUGCCAUAACUACUGAUCCUGCGCUCUAGAGCCUUCAAGCUGCAGCUACUGGGCCCACGUGCUACAGUUACUGAAGUCUACCUGCCUAGAAACUCUGCUCCACAACAGGAGAAGCUGCUGCAAUGAGAAGACCAUUCACACAAGAAAGAGUAGCCCCAGGUCGCCAAAAGUAAAGAAAGCUUGAGCGCAGCAACAAAGAUGCGCC